AUGGAUGGACUGGAGCCCUCGGAGUCGCUGGAUGAGGAACUAUAUUCAAGGCAACUGUAUGUCUUGGGCUCGAUGGCCAUGCACAAGAUUCGGGGAGCCAAGGUCCUGCUGACAGGUCUUCGGGGUCUCGGGGCUGAGGUGGCUAAGAACCUGGUACUGAUGGGUGUAGGCAGCCUCACUCUGCAUGAUCCUCACCCCACCUGCUGGUCGGACCUGACUGCCCAGUUCUUCCUUUCAGAGGAAGACUUGGAGAGGAGCAGGGCUGAGGCUUCUCAAGAGUCCGUGGCUCAGCUCAAUAGAUCUGUCCAGGUCUGCGUCCACACGGGUGCCAUCACCGAGGACCUGCUGCUUCAAUUUCAGGUAGUGGUGCUGACAUCCUCAGAGCUGGAGGAGCAAUUGAAGGUGGGUAGUCUCUGCCACCAGCAUGGAAUCUGCUUCGUGAUGGCAGACACCCGAGGCCUAGUGGGGCAGUUGUUCUGUGACUUUGGUGAAGACUUCACUGUGCUGGACCCCACAGACACAGAGCCUUCAGUAGUCGCCAUCAGGCACAUCUCCCAGAGCUCUCCUGGUAUUGUCACACUGAGAGAGGCUGAUGUCCACAACUUCCAAGAUGGGGACUUGGUGACUUUCUCAGGCAUUGAAGGCAUGGUUGAGCUCAAUGGCCGUACUCAGCCCAUCCGAGUACAAGGAGAUAGAACCUUGGAGAUUGAGGACACAACAAAUUUUUCCCGUUACCUUCGUGGUGGAGCUGUGACCGAAGUCAAGAAACCCGAAACUGUGAAUCAUGAACCUCUGACUGCAGCCCUGCUCCAGCCCCGCAUAGCCAAGGGCCCCAAUGAAGCCCACCGUGCCCACUGCCUGCACCAGGCUUUUCGUGCUCUGCACCAGUUCCAGGCCCACAAUGGCCAUCCACCCAGGCCUUGGCAUCCUGUAAAUGCAGAGGCUGUAGUGAACCUGGCCCAGGCCCUGGAACCACUGCAGGGAAUACAAGAAGAACCACUGGAUGAGGCCUUGGUGCGGGCAGUAGCUCUCUGUAGUGCUGGUGACCUGAGCCCCAUGGCGUCCAUGCUGGGUGCAAUGGCUGCCCAGGAGGUGCUGAAGGCAAUCUCCGGGAAGUUCACACCUCUGGACCAGUGGCUGUAUUUUGAUGCCCUCGAUUGCCUUCCAGAAGAUGGGAAGCUCCUUACUGUCGAAGAUUGUGCUCCAAGAGGCUGUCGCUACGAUGGGCAAAUUGCAGUAUUUGGAGCUGAUUUUCAGAAGAAGCUAAGCUGUCAGCACUACCUCCUGGUGGGUGCAGGUGCAAUUGGCUGCGAGCUGCUCAAAAGCUUUGCCCUGAUGGGUCUGGGGGCCAACGGCAGUGGGAAAAUCACUGUCGCAGACAUGGACUUCAUAGAACGCUCCAACCUCAGCCGUCAGUUCCUCUUCCGGCCACAGGACAUUGGUAGUCCCAAGGCAGUGGUAGCUGCAGAGGCUGCCAAUCGCCUCAACAGAGGCCUACAGGUGAGCCCGCACACCUCCCCACUGGACCCCACCACGGAGAAGAUCUACGGGGACAGCUUCUUCUCUCGCCUGGAUGGUGUGGCUGCCGCCCUCGACAACUUCCAGGCCAGAAGCUAUGUGGCUGCUCGCUGCACCCACUACCUGAAGCCGUUGCUGGAAUCAGGCACGCUGGGUACCUGGGGCAGUGCUGCGGUGUUUGUUCCCCACGUAACCGAGACCUACAAAGGCCCCAAAGGCCCCAGCUCGGAUGCAGCUUCCAAGGAUGCCAACCCCAUCUGUACGGUGCGGUUCUUCCCCAGUACAGUUGAGCACACUUUGGAGUGGGCCCGGGAUGAGUUUGAGGGGAUCUUCCGACUGUCUGCCGAGGCUAUCAAUCACUAUCAACAGGCACCCAAUUCCCUGACAGACAUGGAUGCACCACAGGUCCUCUCCCUGCUGCAGCCUUUGCUGGGCAUCCUUAGGGCAUGUCCACAGACUUGGCAGGACUGUGUGAAGUGGGCACGUGGCCACUGGCAGCUUUGCUUCCAUGACAACAUCACACAGCUCUUGAGGACCUUUCCGCAAGAGAAGAUGCUUGAGGACGGAACUCUCUUCUGGUCGGGUCCGAAGCAGUGCCCUCAGCCCUUGGAAUUUGAUGCCAACCAAGACAUGCACCUCUUAUAUGUGCUAGCAGCGGCCAACCUGUACGCCCAGAUGCAUGGGUUACCUGGCUCAAGGGAUCAGAGUGCACUCAGGGACCUUCUGACAUUGCUGCCACUGCCUGAGCCCCAGCACCUGGCCCCUAUCUUCACCAGUGACCUGGAGCUGGCUCAAGCUUCUACCAAGUUUGGCCUUGAGCAGGUGGAAGAACUACGCAAAUCCCUCGAAGUCUGGAACACAGGCCUUCCCCUGCAGCCACUGAUAUUUGAAAAGGAUGAUGACAACAACUUUCAUGUGGACUUUGUGACGGCAGCAGCUAGCUUACGAGCUCAGAACUAUGGGAUACCGCCAGCCAACCGUGCUCAGAGCAAGCAGAUUGUGGGACAGAUUAUCCCAGCCAUUGCCACCACCACAGCAGCUGUAGCAGGCCUGGUGGGUCUGGAGCUGUAUAAGGUGGUGGGUGGACCAAGGCUCCUUGGCGCUUUUCGCCACAGCUAUCUGCACUUGGCUGAAAACAGCCUCUACCGCUGGGUUCCUGCUGCCCCAGCCAGCCAGAAGUUCUGUGACCAGACGUGGACCUGCUGGGACCGCCUGAAGGUGCCAGCUGGGCAGCCCGAGAGGACUCUGGAGUCGCUGCUGACCCAUCUCCAGGAGCAUCAUGGGCUGCAGGUGACAAUGCUCUUGUACGGCCCAGCUGAGCUCUACUCAAAGCGAUGGCUCCCUGACAAGCAGGCCCAGCACCUGCACCUCAAGGUGACGGAAGUGGUAAGGCUGGUGACAGGCCAGGUGCCUGAGCCUGGGCAGCAGGUGCUGGUGCUAGAGCUGAGUUGUGAGGGCGAGGAGGAUGACACUGCUUUCCCGCCCCUGCACUACGAGCUGUGA